AUGCAAAUUGUAAACAUUACUUGCAUCCCUAUUGGAUACCAGCCUUUCGUAGACACAGACAGUGCACAGCAGACGCUGGCAGAUAAUGAUCCGCCUCCACCCUUCGAGAUCCACCGGAGAAGACCCGGAACACUGUUCACGGGCUGCGGCCACCGGGCGUCCCUGCGGAGCCAAGACCAGAUUCGAGCCGCCAAGUUCAAGAGAUUGAACGCCAGCUGCCGGACCUCGGGCGGCUCUUCCCCGGCGACUAAAAGUGACGUAGCGGCAACUGCUCCGGGGACACACAGACCAGUACUUACCCAGUCCUGCCUCAGAUCUCGACCUCCUCAACUGACCUUCCCCACCACUGUAUCCGGAAGACCAAGUUCUGCUCAAAUCACUUCAGCCAAAGCCACUGCAGCCUCCGUGGACCGGUCCGCACAUGGUCAUUUUCACCACGCCUACAGCAGUAAAACUUCUGGGAGACCCCCUCCUGGCACCAUCUAUCAGAAGACAAACAAUAUGCAUUCAUUCAGGAAAUGUCUCCUACCACCUCUAACCAACUCCUUCUCCACCCAUAUUCUCGCAUCCCUGCAGAAGACCAUCAUAACCAGGCCUGAGCCACCCCCUUGGUCUUCGUGCCGCCUUCCAGCAGGAAGUAGCCAAAGAAAGAGCCAUCGCCCCUUUUCCUAUCAACAAAAGGCUGGUAUGAAGGUCGAUGCAGGAGGCCUUGCCAGAAUGCAAAAGCCCACCAAGAAGCCCACCUGGGGACAGGAAUGCGGACGCCUGCCUAGAAAAAUCAGACAAUGAACCUCUCCUUGCCCCACAAAUCUUUUCAUCCCCACAAAUCUUUUCACCCCCUACAAACUUUCCCCCCUGCCCCCGCCAUGCAAACCCAGUUUCCCACCAGACCUCUCCUUACCCUAUAAAAGCCUGCUUCCCCCUGGCAACGUUCGUGACUUUACUGACCCCCACCUAAUUCUGCCUGGGGUGCAAUAAAUUUUCCCUUCCUUUGAGAAAGUUUAGCCUGGCUCUUCUCUACCACGCUGCAAACGUUUCAGUUUCAAUCAUUCCUCAUCUAUUGGGGCUCAGGUUUCCUGGGCCUGAUGAGUCUGGUUCCCGGAAUGUGCCAACAGUGUUCCUCCUAGCCAACACAGGUGUUUGCUCUUGGGGUGGGCCAAGCUGUGGAAUUUCCUGUCUGCUGGAGUCCCCUUGACCUGAUGGUGUCUGUUGCUGAAAUGGCAAGCAGUACUUGCUCCAGAAGUGGGCUCAAACUCGGCACAGAUUUCACUUUCCCAGUGUGGCACUGCCAUGGGAGUGAACCCACCAGUGCCAUCCACAGCCUGUUCUCCAGUAUCCUGUCUCCAUCGAUGGCCUCCAAACCCUAUCAUUGUUUUUGUCCACUCCAUGGACAGAAUAAAUCCCCAAAUCUUAUUCCCCCCAAGUAUGAAC